AAGAGCCCGCAAAGCGAUUCAUGAAAACAAUCCAAUAAAUGACACAGAUAAAGUUCUCUCCAUUGUAAUCCGAGUCCACCUGUUGUCUCUGCGACAUCUGACCAGUCCGUUGAGGAAAAACUGUUUCAUUGUUUAUCGAUUCAGUAAAACAGAGGUAGAUUAUUUGUAUUUCUGUAAACGUCCGUCGGAAUUCUGAGGUAAUAAACACAUCGUUUCAGAAAGCCCGAGAGGGAGCUACGAGUAAGUCCUUACCAAUUCUUACUGCAGCGGCUCUGUGAGUCAUGGCGCUCCACAAACUCAAGAAAGAAGAAACCCUCGCCCUGAGGAAGAGAUUGAUCGGACAGUCGUGCAGACUCUUCUACUCAGACGACCCAGUGAAAAUAGUCCGAGCAAGAGGACAGUAUCUGUUCGAUGAAAAUGACAAGCGCUUCCUGGACUGCAUCAGUAACGUGCAUCAUGUUGGCCACUGUCACCCCAGUGUUACAAAGGCUGCAGCUGCACAGAUGGAGCUCCUGAACACAAACUCCAGAUUCCUGCAUGACAACAUAGUCAUGUAUGCAGACCGCCUGGCUGCCACUCUGCCUGAGAAACUGUGUGUCUUCUACUUUGUUAACUCUGGAUCAGAAGCCAAUGAUCUCGCCCUUCGCCUGGCACAGCAGUACACCCAACACAAGGACGUCAUCGUGCUCGACCAUGCAUACCAUGGGCAUCUCAUGUCCCUCAUCGACAUUAGCCCUUACAAGUUCCGGAAACUGGCAGGACAGAAAGAAUGGGUUCAUGUGGCACCGUUACCAGACACCUACAGAGGCAAAUACAGGGAGAAUCACCCCAGCCCAGGCCAAGCUUACGCUGAUACAGUGAAAGACCUAAUAGAGGACGUGCACAGGAAAGGCCGUAAGAUCUGUGCCUUCUUUGCUGAAUCACUGCCAAGUGUUGGAGGACAAAUCAUCUUGCCCCAAGGAUACUCAGCUAAAGUUGCAGAAUACGUGCGUUCAGCCGGUGGAGUCUUUGUGGCAGAUGAAGUCCAGACAGGUUUUGGACGUGUGGGGAGUCACUUCUGGGCUUUCCAGCUGCAGGGAGAGGGCUUCUGUCCUGAUAUUGUGACGAUGGGGAAACCGAUGGGAAAUGGGCAUCCAUUGGCAUGUGUGGCAACCACUGUAGAGAUAGCUGGAGCUUUCACAGCCAACGGAGUGGAGUACUUCAAUACGUUUGGAGGUAACCCAGUGUCGUGUGCUAUUGGCCUGGCAGUCCUUGAUGUGAUAGAGGAGGAGGACCUUAGAGGAAAUGCCAUGAGAGUGGGAGCACACCUAACAGAGCUGCUCACAAAGCUGCAAACCCGACAUCAAAUAAUUGGCGAUGUCAGAGGUGUGGGGCUGUUUGUGGGACUGGAGCUGGUCACUGACAGAGAGCAGAAGACUCCUGCCACACAAACAGCAGCGCUGGUGGUUAAGAGGUUGAAGGAAGAGGAUCAGAUCUGUGUUAGUACAGAUGGCCCCUGGGAGAAUGUGGUUAAGUUCAAACCCCCGAUGUGCUUCUGUAUGGAGGAUGCAGAGCUGGUGGUGCGAUGCAUUGACCGCAUCCUCACAGACAUCAAGGCCAACGACCUUAAACUGGAAAAGGAAGACAUCUAAGCAGGUCUUCGAUGCCGAUUUAUGGUUUGGACAUUGGUUGAAUGAGGACAGGUCAUUUCACAAAACCCAGCCAACUGGAGGUAGUCAUCUUUAAAAUGAGGCUAGAUGUGACACAUCAACACCACCUGGGAGAUAUUUCAUAUAUAAGAUUCUAACUUGACACUAAUGAACUUCAUUCUCUUUUUUCAAGAGAUCAAUAAAUAAUUUAAUUUUCCUCUACUUUCUCUAUAUUCUUUUACCCAGUCAUAUUUAAAAAUAGUCCCAGCUUAUUUGACUGAUCAGCAACAUGUUCUCAAUACACAAUAUGGUUGAUAUAAUCACUUACCAGACCACUAUCUUUAACUCCUGGACACAUUCACAAAAAUGCUCAAGUAUCGCAGUUUCUCAUCUAGUGGGGUGGGUAUUAAAACUCAGCCAGUUAUCCUGCAGGUAGUGACGCCCUCUCCCACAGCUUCUCAAAGAGGCAUCCGCAGUGUCAUUAACAUUACUCAAGACAAAACAAGCAAGCCAUUUAAAACAGUACAAAACAUUUAACAUUAACUUUACAAAUAAUAACAAAAAGAUCCGAGUGUAAUAGAAACCAAAAGUUUAUUUCUACCAAUUUGCCCAAGACACUAGAGGAAUGAGUUUCCAGUGAGAGAGGGAAUACCCUCUUACAUUAACAGGCUUGCGUUCAGUUGAAUAACACUAGUAAAGCCACUUAAAAUUGCAGACAUGAUGGGGGAAGAAUCUCCUUAAAAGCCAAAAAAAAA